CGGGAACCCGGCCGUCGCUGCAUAACGGGCAGCUGCUGCUCUCCACCGGGGUGCCAUCCCUUGACUACCUCAUAGGAGGAGGCUUGGCUGUUGGAACUCUUCUCCUGGUUGGCUGCAUUGGAAAACCUUUUCUGUGACCUCUACAAAGACUCUACAUCCUUCCUAUAAUGGGCCAAUGAAAACUACAAAGAAAACUCCAAAUGCAUCCUAACUAAAGUUUUAUAAAUAUGUAACAUGAUUUCCUAACCCUAACACCCAGUCUCCUGACCUAUGAAAAGGAAGACAGAUAUGAAAGCUACUCACGGAUGUUACUGAAGUAUUUUGUAGCAGAAGGUAUUGUUUGUGGACAUUCUCUUCUCAUAGCAUCUGCCAAAGAUCAUCCAGAAGAAAUAUUACAGGAGCUUCCUGCCCCUCUGCUCGAUGAUGUGAUAGAGAUUAAAGAAUCUAACAAAGAGACAGAGGACAAUUUGGCGGAUAUCACUUCUGCCGCCGGACUCCAAGAUUCCAUGUCAAUAGCAUGGCGAUACCAAAACUUGCCAGUAGUACAGACAGCUUUGACAUCCUCCUCAAGAUUUGGCCAUUAUUACGAUGUUUCUAAAACAAUGAGUCCCGAACUUCAGCACUCAGUCAACUGCCACAGCUUUUUCCGACCUGAUGAAGUUCCCCUGGAUUUAGCAGCUGCUGAAUUUAGUAACAUGAACUUUGGUUACGUCAAGCUGCUUCGAGCCAUACAGAGAGUCAUCCGUGAGGAAGGAUUUGAUGGAUCCAGUCCCCAGACUAAACAGAGGAACAUCCUGCGAAUAGGAAUCCACUCACUUGGCUCAGUGUUAUGGGGAGACGAUGUUGGCCUUAAUGAAACCCCAGAAUCUGCAUACAGUCUCACGAGAUUUCUCUAUGCACUCCGUGGACUUCUCAGAACAUCUCUUUCUGCCUGUAUGAUUACUGUACCAGCAUACCUUAUCCAGAACAAAGCAGUUAUAGGCCGUGUGGUAAAAUUAUCAGACACUGUGAUUGGUCUUGAAUCAUUUAAUGCUUCUGAGAGAGAAACCAAUCCAAUCUACAAGGACUAUCAUGGUUUAUUCCAUGUUCGUCAGCUUCCUCGGCUUAAUUGUUUGAUCUCUGAUGUGCCUGAUACAAAGGAUCUUGCAUUCAAAUUGAAACGAAAAUUGUUCACUAUUGAGAGACUGCAUUUGCCUCCAGACUUGUCAGACACAGUGAGCCGAUCAAGCAAACAAGAUGUGGCAGAAUCAGCCAAACUGCUGAGCUCAGGAUGUGGUGGUGUAGCCAGCGGCAAUAAGCACCUGGACUUCUAGUGACUUUCGUUGAGCCAUUUCACUCUGUAUUCUCAUCAUAUGUAAAGUGUUAUUAUAAAUCAUUAGUGUAUAUAAAUAAAAGCAAUAAAUGUUAUUGUCUGGUUCAUUAGUAAGCACAUUCUCUCCAUAACCCUUGUAAUUGGCACACAUCGCAGUGAUAAUGAGUUGACCAUGUGAAGGAUUUUAUCAAAUAAAACUCCCUCUUGUUUACAAGUGAAUCAAAAUCAGGCCAUAAAAUAUUUAUUUGUGGUCAGAGGACAGAAAAUUGCAAAGGAAGCCAGGUUGGAUUUGUUGAAUUACUAUAUGUACAGGAUUUUGCAAACAUUUUGAAUAAACAACAUCUUUAUCUUUGCGCAUA